AUGGGGGCGCCUGCGGCACCCAGAAAUGGGAUGCAGGGGGACGAAGGCGGAGGUCCCCCGUCGCCCUCUUCGGGAGGGGGUGACUUGGGCUGUGGCGAUGACCCCGCCGACAACAGCAGCAACAGCAACGACAGUAGUGGCCCCAGCGACGUCUCCAACAACCACGACGGAGGCGGCAGCGAGCCACUCAGCGGCGACUCUGGUGAUGAGAGCAGCGGCGGGAGCGAGCCCGUCAGCAGCACAUCUAGCCACGACGGCAGCAACGACGACGGUGACGGCAGCGAGGCUGUCGACCCCGGCAGCGAUGACGAUGGCGGCGGCGAGACAGGCGACUCCGGUGAGAACGAUGGUGACGGCAAUGAAGGCGGCGACCCUGAGACGCUCGAGGAGUUGAAGGAAGAAACUUCUUUGGGGAGCGUCCAGCGCCGGCCAGCUGCGCCAUGUGCUCCAGCCGGCCGCACCCGGAAGCAGACCCGGGAGUUGCGGAGCUCCGAGGAAGAGCCGAGCGAGGCGCCAGCCCCCGAGGAGGCGCCGUUAUCAACCGUCCUGGAGACUGAUAACGGUCCGCAGAUCGUUGCGGAAUAUAUCCGCGAAUCGCUGUCGGAGGAGCGCAUGCAAGACGAGCAAGCGCAUCUUGAGGAGCUGAAGAAGCAGUUACAGUACGAUCUAGUGAAGGCGCUCCAUCCUGAUGCAGGGGAGCUGGAGUUGGCAUUCAGUGCAAACGAAACGGACGACGGGUCUCCGCAACCACUCCUUGACCCAGAGGUAAGUAUUCCCUCGCCGAUCGGGCAGAAGCCUAACGAUGUAGAGGCUGUCCCGCUCACAUACAAAGAUGCGAUGGAUUCCAAGUACAAGGUGCUUUGGGAAGCGGCGAUGAUGAAAGAAAAGGGUGGUCUAGACAAGGCGGGGACUUUCACGAAAAUUGGAAAACUUCCCGAGGGGCGGAAGGCAGUGAGUUCGAAGUGGGUGUUUUCGUACAAGACGAACGAGAAGGGUAUGAUCACCGCCUUCCAAGCCCGUAUGGUUGCGCGUGGUUUCUCACAGAUUCCGGGGGUAGAUUUCCACCACUCAGCUUCUGCAUACCCGUCUACGACGUCCAUCAAAACCGUGGUUGUCGUAGCCACCGAGAAGAAAAAGAAGAUGUUCCACUGGGACAUUAAACAAGCGUACAUUCACGCUAAGCUCAAAGAAGAGGUUUUUGUCAGACUCCCCCAGGGUUGUGGUGACAUGUCUGGCAAGGUGUACAAGUGCAGGGCUGACCCGUGUGUUUUCCGUAGGAUGGUUGACGGAGAGGUCCUAGGUCUGAUCGUGAUCUACGUAGACGACAUUUUGUUGGUGGCGUCCGAGCAAGAGCGUCAAGAGUUGCUUGCUUCCCUCCAGAAGAAGCUUCCGGUGAAGGAUUUGGGAGAAUGCACGUGGUAUGUUGGGAUUGGCAUUGAGAUGGACCUAGAGAACGGCAUCACCAAGUUGGCCCAGACGGCAUACAUCGAGAGCAUCAUCAAACGGCAUNACGAGCCCACGGUGGACAAGCCAGUGAGGGAGGCACUCGGGUGCCUGAUGUGGGUGGUGCAUACGAGGCCGGACAUCGCUCUGCCGUUGAACAAGAUCCAGAAGGUGGCUCACUCUCCCACCGACAGGAUAUGGCAGGCGCUUCUGAGGGUCAUGUCUUACCUCAACGCCACGAAGGACCUGAGCCUCACCUAUGCGCGGGGGUCAGGGCUACAUCUAGGAGUGUGGGUCGAUGCCAGCUACGCCGACGACGUUGUUGAGAGGCGUUCGACGACGGGACUAGCCGUAACCGUAGGUGGUAACACGGUGAACGGAACCACAAAGACGCAGCGUGUGCCGGCGCAGUCAUCCUCGGAGGCAGAGUAUCUAGCAGCCGGGGAGGGAGUGAAGGAGGCGUUGCAUGUGCGUGCGGUUCUGUCUUUCGUAGCGCCUGAGACGAGUGGGGCGAAGAUCAAGGUCCUUGUAGACAACAAGGGAGCUCUUGCCCUGGUGCAGAACCCCUUCAGCUCGGCGAGGAGCAAGCACAUCGACGUGCGGUACCACUUUAUCUGCGAGCUCUUCAAGUCGGGGAAGAUCACCGCAGACUAUGUCCCAACGGAAGAGCAGCACGCCGACAUGCUGACCAAGGUCCUUGGUAGGACCAGACUGGAGUACCACCGGAAGGCCCUGAUGAACCUCCCGAAGUAG